AUGGGGAGGGGGGAGGUUUCGGCAUGGGGCGGAUACGUGUUCAUCAUCAAUCUUAUUCCACUGCAUGUCUUUGUACUGCUGCUAAUGGGCCGGUUCAGCUGGCGGAUUUAUGUUGCAUACUCUACAUUCUUCAUUCUUGGUCUGAUCCUGUCGAUGCAAGUGCCGUUUGUCGGAUUUCAGCCAAUCCGAACUAGUGAACACAUGGCAUCCGUCGGCGUUUUUGGCCUGUUGAACGCGUACGGGGCGUUGCUUUUCAUCCAGAGCCUCGUCAGCAAGCGGCAUUUCCGCUAUUUCUUUUUCUUCACUCUCUCUGCAGUGACAGCGUUCGGCUUCUCUGCAAUCGUCCUUUUGACAUACCUAGGUUGGAUUGCGCCAUGGAGUGGUCGCUUUUACUCACUUUGGGACACAGGUUACGCCAAAAUUCACAUUCCUAUAAUAUCUUCAGUAUCGGAACACCAGCCAACCACCUGGGUGUCGUUCUUUUUCGAUUUACACGUCUUGAUCACGAUGUUUCCUGUCGGCGCAUGGUAUUGCAUGAAGAACAUUAACGAGGAACGAGUCUUUAUUUUGCUUUACGCUAUAACGGCAGUGUAUUUCGCCGGCGUUAUGAUUCGACUUAUGCUUACAUUGACACCCGUUGUCUGUAUGUUGGCCGGCAUCGCGUUUUCUUACACAUAUGAACGCUACUUGCGAGACAGCGUACCUGACAAAUCAGCAGGCUUGUUGCCGGCAGCCACUCGACAGAAAUCCUCAACUAUCGUUGCAAGUGACGAUUCCAACGGCGGCAACAAGAACAUGUACGAUAAGGCCGGAAAACUGCGGAAGCCUCCAAAAAUCGAAAGUGCUGAAGCGAAAGAGCAAGCGGCGGCUGCUGCAGCGGCCGCCACCGAAGAGCAGGAUCUGGGCAUCAACGUAAAGUCGAUCGUCUCUAUCGUUUUGGUGAUGCUGUUGCUAAUGUUCGCAAUUCACUGUACAUGGGUGACGAGUAACGCAUACAGUAGUCCCAGCGUCGUCCUUGCUUCCUACCACAGUGACGGCAGCCGUAUCAUUUUGGACGACUUCCGCGAGGCGUAUUAUUGGCUGCGUCAGAAUACUCCAGACAAAGCUCGCAUCAUGUCAUGGUGGGAUUAUGGAUAUCAGAUCGCUGGAAUGGGCAACCGCACUACGCUGGUUGAUAAUAACACGUGGAACAAUAGUCACAUCGCUUUGGUCGGCAAAGCAAUGUCCAGUACCGAGGAAAAGGCAUACGAGAUCAUGCAAGAUCUCGAUGUCGACUACGUUUUGGUCAUUUUUGGCGGUCUGAUAGGAUAUUCCGGAGACGACAUCAACAAAUUCUUGUGGAUGGUUCGCAUCGCUCAAGGAGAGCAUCCCAAAGAUAUUCACGAAAGCGACUACUUUACCGUUGAUGGAGAUUUCAGAGUCGACAGUGGAGGCUCUAAAACUUUGCUCAACUGUUUGAUGUACAAAUUGUCGUACUACCGCUUUGGUGAGGUUCAGACAGAGCUUCGUACUCCGCCGGGGUUCGAUCGCACUCGAGGGACCGAAAUCGGUAACAAACACUUUGCUCUGAAUUAUAUGGAAGAAGCGUAUACGACAGAGAACUGGUUGGUCAGAAUUUACAAGGUCAAGAAGCCGGAAAAUCGGGUAAUGCUGAAAUAUGCACAGAGGAAAGUGAAACGGCCUUCGCAUAUUCGGUAUGGCAAGGUUAGUCAGCUGUUAUGCUUGUGGGACAUAAUAAUUUCGAAAUGCAUUUCAGAGUGGCCAAAAAGGAAAGGGUCUAAUAAAGAACCGGCCAAAAGUCGUUUACGGGAAACGGCCGAGUUCUAG